AUGGUGUGCGCGGCGGGGUUUCAGGUGGGUUCGCUUUUUCGGCAUUAUUUCUUUUUGAAAAUGGUGCGCCGAAGGCUGACGGGACUUAGCAGGGGGCUGGCGGACGCACAGGAUCCGGCAGCCCCACCCCCUUUUGCCCUUAAGGUCGGGCAGGAAUGGUUGGAUACGUUGUUGCAGAAGAAUCCGGUAAAACACCCGAGGAGUAAACCGACUUCAGGGACUUUAGCGGCCGGCCCUCUUUAUGUGGAUGGGGCGCGCUGUUGUUUAAGGGUGGCGUGGAAGUGUGGGCCGCAGGGGGUACAUGGGAGCAGGCCCCCCAUAUUAUUCCACAAGCUGAAGCCAGGGCCGUCGGAUUGGCCCUGCUCGUUUUUGAAGGGGAAUAUGCCUAUUACACUCCAUAUAUGUAUCGGCAGCACAGCAGUAAUGCAUAUUAUGAGGAAAGGCGACGCGCGUUCCGAUGCGCUGGGUGGUGGGCUUGGCAUAUCGACAGGGCGCUGCGUGAACAAAGCCCAAACUUCACAUGGGGCUUUGUCGUGUGGGCAAUAA